AUGUCGAAUAACUCUUUAUUAUUGAAGGCCUUUAUAUUUGGAUCACCAUUUGGUAUUUUAUUAUUCAAUGAACUAAAUAGAAUUAAACAUAUUAAAGAAGAUGAAAAAUUAAACAAAAGUAUAUUUUUAAAAACAUUUCAUAAAAGUAACAUAAUAAAAAAUGAUGAACCAGUUAGCACAAAUCGAUAUAAGCAGGAUACAAAUUUUAAGGAAAAUGAUGAUGAAGCAUUGAACUAUUUUUAUGGAAAAUCAUGGGGGUAUACGACAGAUUAUGAGAUAGAUAUAAGUUUAAAUAGUGGUGAUUUAAUUUUUAUAAAACAUGAUUUAGAUAAUGUAAAUUUUUUUAAAAAAACGUUACUAAAAAUUAAUAGAUAUUUUCAAAAUAAUUAUGAUUAUGAUGAAAUAGGAAUAAUCUUGAAAAAACAUAACAUUAGCUAUGUGUAUAUACAAAAUUUUUUAAACAAAAAAGAAAAAUUUUUGAGAUAUUCUCACUUUUUACAAAAAUAUAAACCUUUUGUUGUUUCUUUAAGAAGGUUUAUAAGUAAUGAUGAACAAAUAAAAAAAAAAUUACAUGAAAAUAUAUUAGAAAGCAUAGACAAAAAAAAAGCAGACAAAUAUAAUCAUUCUAUAUUUUUAAAUAUAUUAUAUAACAUUUUUAAAAGGAAAUCAUAUUAUAAAAAAUAUAUCCCUGAAAAUUCAUGUCUUUGUAAUGAUUAUAUUACUUGCAAACAAAUUAAUUCAAACAUAGAUACAAACAAUUUGAUUAAUUUACUUCUUUUUAGAUCCUUUAAUUUGUUUUUUUAUUUUACAAUGUUCAUAAAGAAUGAAAGUUUAAAGAUAGGUAAAACGAGUACUCUUUAUAUUAACCAAAUUUACAAUAAAAAAAAUGACAAUAAUGAUACGAAUAAAAAUGUAUUUUUAAAUGAAACACUAGCAAAUAACAAUAAUAAUAUAAAUGAAAUAAAUUCAGAUUUUAUAAAAAGUCAAAAAGAAGCUUUAUCAUUAUAUAAAUUCCCAUUAAACUCCUUGACAAUGUUUAAAUUUAUUGAAAAGGAUUAUGAAUUAAUGAAUAAAGAAAAAAGUUUUAUUUACGAACAACCCAAAGAACAAACAUUGAAAGAAAUAAAACAAUAUAUUUCUUUAUUGAUAGAAAAUGAAUAUACCUUGAUGGACUCUAUUGGAUAUAUGGAGAAUGUGAUAAAAAAAGGAGAAGGAAAAGUAAAGAAUAAAAAUAAAUAUAUAAAUAAUAUAAACGAAUCUUGUACACAUCAUUUCUUUGUGAAAACAAUAAGUUCAUUUUUUGAAAAAUUAUAUUUAAAAUUAAAAAGGCGAGUUACUACAAGUUAUCAUGUUUACGAAAUAUAUAAGAAAACAAAUUUAUUGCCUUCAGUGAAUUAUUAUAAUUUUCCUACAUCAUGUUUUUUAUGUUUAAAAAAUUUUUAUAAACCUCUAAAUACACAAUGUUUAGUUAGCGAUCAAUUUAAUAUAUCAAAAUUAUCAAAUUUAUUUCACGUAAGGCAAGAGGAAACUGAAAAACUGCAAAAGAAAUUUUAUCAGUUUAAUAAAGUUCCUAAAUAA